AUGAACAAAACGAAGGAGAGGAUCGCAGAGCACUGCAAAGAUCUGUCCACCAGCGAAGCCGAACUUCAGCAGAUGGAUGACCCGCGGGCAAGACGGAACACGGGAAAGCCCGCUAAGGAUAUACUUCGUAUCCCUGUGAUUCGACAGCAGGCGGAGCGGCUAAAUGCCGAGCAGAAUGCUGAGAACGAGGCCGAAGCAGAUCCAUCAGGUGUAGCUGUCAGUGGUUUGGUCAUGUUGCAGCCUGGGGCAAAUGAAGCUACAGCACAAAAGCAUGUAAGGGUGUUUCGGGACUUGCAGAACAACUGGCAGGCUCACGACGCCUAUGCUCGCGCCUGUUUAGCUUUGGGUACAUACAAGCUGAUCCAUGCCCUUGCUUAUUACACAGUUGGCCUCCUGGUUUUGGAAGAUCGUGCUCCAUGGGCUUGCCUCGUUUGCGUCGUGGUCUUGCCGGCACUUGCCUGGCUUCUCAUCAGGCUGGACUUGUACUUUUCCAGUACAAUCGGAGUCAUAGGGGCUAUGGUGCUAAUGGGGGGUCCAGUCUUGGCCUUGAUAGCCGCAACCCUGUCCUCUUUGGACCACCCGCAAGAGGAUGCUCAGUUUGUCCUGGUAGCAAUCAUCUUUGCAAUGCAUGCCUUGUUGAUUGUAUGUGUGGCCAAUGUCGCACGAGCUGAGCAUGUGACAGAGCGCGGUGCUGCCUUGCCAACGGGCUUUCGGAAUGUCCUUUAUUUGGACGUUUUCGGAUGGUUACAAAGCCCAGAUGAAGCGCGAGAGACUGGGCGGACGCGAGCCAGACAAAACAAUGGACGCGAGAUGCCUGCAAUGCUGCGGGAGGCCUUGUACAAGGAAAGCUGCCGCUUGGGAAGGCAACUGACACGAGAAUUCUCCGCUUGGGAGAUUGUCGACUUGGACAACCUCCAAACUCUGCUGAGGCAGAUUCGAGGUUUACAACGAGAGUUUACCAACAUUUGCAAAGACUUCAGCAAGGUGCACGAGGUGAACCUGAGCAGAGGUCUGGUUACCGACAACGAGGACGUGACCUGGGCCCAAACUGCAGCAGAUUCUCCAGUUUCCUCAGGAGUCGCUGAGGACUCGGUGCAGAUCUGGUUGCGACUCGAGUGUCAAAGCGAAAGAAUCACCUGGUUUGUCCAGCCAGUAACGAAUGAGACUCGCUAUGAAGCUCCAGUGGCAACGGAGACAGAGGGCAAGCUGUUCAUCUCUGACAUCGUUGGAGUUGCAGGGCGCCUUGAAAUGCUUCGAGAGCGUGUCUUCGUCUUGCAGGAGGAUGUGCAGUCCGGAAAUCAUCGAUCGCGCUUUUCCCGACUGGCAGAAGUCAUCGUGCCAAGCACCGGCCCCGCCCCGGGAGCUUUGGCAGUCCCCGGGGCUUUUGGAACCGAGGAUACGGGCGGUGCGUCCGCGGCGCAGGAGACCCGCUUUGGAGGGCGUGAAUCUGCAGACCUAG